AUGAAUGCAAUUUUGCGGUUAUUUAGUGAAUCUGCUCAAAGCAUUGGUGCAUUAAAGUCUGAUUUGGAUGAGGCAAAGAAACUUCUUGGCGCCCAUAACAAGCAGUUGCAUCAAUUAUGGUAUCGGUCGGUUACAUUGCGUCACAUAAUCGCCUUGUUAGAUCAAAUUGAAGGCAUAGCUAAGGUUCCAGCUCGGAUUGAGAAGUUUGUUACUGAAAAGCAGUUUUAUGCUGCGGUGCAAUUACAUGUUCAAUCGACACUCAUGCUUGAGAGAGAGGGCCUUCAAACGGUUGGUGCUCUUCAAGAUGUCCGAUCUGAGUUGACAAAGUUGCGUGGAGUUCUCUUUUAUAAAGUCUUGGAGGAUUUGCAUGCCCAUCUUUACAACAAGGGUGAAUACAUCCCAGCCACCUCAGGUAUUAAUGAACGGGAUGAUGAAGUGCCGACUACCACUGCUGUUUCAUUUUCAAUGAGUAAUUCACAACCCCUCUCUCGCAGAACCAGGCUACUGAAAGGUGACAGUCAGUCUGGUGCAUAUGGACUUGGAGAUGGAUCUUACAGGCCUAGUUCUGUGGAUGGAGGUUCCUCGUUCGAUGGCCAUGAUGAGGACAGUGCCUUGGAUUUAUAUGAAGAUGCUACAUCAGAUGGGUAUACUGCCCCAAUAAGGGUCAAUGGUGGUGUCUCUCGUCAAAUUCCCAUAUGGCUUUCAUAUUCCACCCCUGAUGAAUUUGUUGAAGCAAUGAGAAAGAGUGAUGCUCCCCUACAUGUGAAGUAUUUGCAGACCAUGGUUGAGUGCCUCUGCAUGCUUGGCAAAGUUGCAGCUGCUGGUGCUAUAAUAUGCCAAAGAUUGCGACCUACAAUUCAUGAGAUAAUCACUACCAAGAUUAAAGCUCAUGCGGAACAUUUUAAUAGUUCAAUGCCUGGCAUUGACCAUGGUGCUCGAACAGUGACCACUGGUCUACACUAUUUAAAAGGACAAUUGGAGAGGUACCAAUUUCCGAAACAGAAACAUCAGAAUGGGAUAUCUCUGGCUGGAACGGUUCUGGCAGUGAGUCCUGUCUCACCUGUGAUGGCUCCCACGGGAAAGGCGCAGGCUGCAGCAAAGGAACUGCUUGAUUCAAUUUUGGACACUAUUGUUCGAAUAUUUGAGAACCAUGUUAUUGUCGGAGAGCUUCUCGAAUCAAAAUCUUCACAACAAAUUGACUUGAAUACACCAAAGUCAGUGGCAGCAGAUAUAAACUGGAACCCUGAUUCGGAGGCAUCUCAUGAUACUGGAGGUUACAGCAUUAGUUUUUCCUUGACAGUUUUGCAGAGUGAAUGCCAACAAGUCAUAUGUGAGGUUCUACGAGCAACUCCCGAAGCUGCAUCUGCCGAUGCUGCAGUACAAACAGCUAGACUUGCAAGCAAGGGCCCUUCUAAAGAAAAGAGGCAAGUAACCAAAUUUAGUUUUUAUGUGUUCACUGCAUUCUUUAGUCUGCUUUUAUUGUUUGUUGGGGUCUCUAGAUUUUCUCUUCCAUUUAAGCUUUAG